GCCGGCCCCCCAUAGUUUGGCGCGGGAGGUUGGACGCUCUGUGGCAGCACAUGGUUUGUUUGCUGUAGUGUAUUUUGCUGCGCCCAUCCUUGCUGCGGGGGGUUUUGCUGCACGACGUUGUUGGUCCGCUGUUGUGGGCCUGUUGGCCACUGCUGGUACCGGAACUGGCCUUCCGGAUUGCCUCCCGUGCCGAACAUGCCGCUUUUCUGCAGCCGUUUGUUCACGGCAGGUUCUGGCUGGUUCUGGCGGAACUCUGCGCUGCACUACUCUAAGGAGGUAAAGUCGCCGUUUCCGAGUAGCGAUUCGCGUCGUUGUUUGGGUUUUGGAGAAAUGAAGUCCUUAACCCGCCGAGCUGUAGCCGCGAUUUCUGGGAAUCUCGGGUCCCCGUUUUUCCGAAAACGCAGUUUUCGCCCGGCGGGAU